AUGGAAUUGGAUCAACUGUUGCAAGAAAUAGGUCCACACAUAGGCGAUCUCAUGGUUGAUCCAUAUGCCAAUUACAUGUUUGGCAGUCUGAGUCAGAGUUGUGCUCCCCAUUAGAGAUUAUACAUCUUACAAACAAUUUCCAAUCGACUAGUGGAUAUUGCAUGCGAUAAAAAGGGUACUCAUGCUAUUUAAUCGUUGGUUUCCUUGAUAUCCUCCAAAUAAGAAGAAGAAAUGGUUGAAAAUAGCAUAAAAAACCAUAUCAUCUUUCUCACUCUGGACAGUCAAGGAACACAUUUGAUCAAAAAGAUCAUUGCGAGAUUCUCAGAAGAUCGUUUGAAUUUGAUAUUUUGCAAAUUAUUGGAGAGAUUCAUUUAGGUUGUCAAUCAUCAAUUUGGACUUUGCGUCUUGAAGGAUCUCAUUACUAAACUUAAAAAUAAUCAAGAGAAAUGCCACUUUAUUUUAAUUAAGAUGCGUGAUCAAUUGGAUGACAUCGUACAAGAUCCUUUUGGUAAUUAUGGAGUACAACAUGUGAUCGAUGUCUACGGAGAUCAGAAAUGCACUCCAAUAAUUGAUAAAAUUUUGUAGAAACUAGUGCAACUAUCUAUUCACAAGUAUUCUUCGAAUGUUGUGGGAGAAAUGCAUUCUAGAAACCUCUGCAAAAACAUAAAAACGAUUCAUUAAACAAUUGUCACAAGAUGGCAUUUGUUUGGAAUUGAUGAAAAACAAAUUUGGAACCUUUGUUCUACAGAAAGCUCUUUAAGAAGCUGAGAAACUAGGCGAAGCAGACAUAUUACAGUAAGCUCUUCAGCGGAACUUACCUUCCAUCUAUGCUCAAAAUAUCAGGCAGAAGUGGAUGGAAUACUUAGCUAAGAAGUGAUUAAUUGACCUAUAUAUAUUAGUAUUAUUGUACAUUACAGUAUUA